CUGAGUGCAUCUGAGGACACAAACCUUAAAUGCCCGCAACACCCUCCAUUUCAACCACACAUUCGGACCACUGAUUCCAGCAGAAUAUAACCGCUCAAGGUUCACCGACAGACAUUGUUUACCUCUGUGCAGACACGGUGGGCUAAUCUGCGAUUGUUUCAGAUAAGUCAAUUUCGGCGCCCUAAUCAUUAUUGCGAGGUUGACAUUCAUAGAUAUCCGUUAGCAAAUGGAACCGCUUUCACGUUAGUGCUAGUAGGCUCCUCGCAUCAUCUUCCUUUCAGAUUUGUAUUUGAUCCCCACCUUUGAGAUAAUAAUAGUCGGUCAGAUAAUGAGUCGCUCAUGAUCCGAUCGUUGUUAAAAAGCUCGGGACGGGGCCGCUUAUAAACCUCGCUGUCCUGUUUUGAAAGCUGUCCAGCGAGGAAGGCGGAAGCGAGCGGCAGGCUUAGCAUAGAGCGCAUCAUCGCCACCACCGGCGAAAGGACAUGGGGCAAGAACUUCAAUCGGUGACUCGUUGGCUUUCUAAUUAGCUACACGUUUAACCCUGGCUUUUCUUUUUAUUGUUUUAUUGCUUUUCGCCAUCUAGUCGACACAGUACGUAAACUCAGUCAAAAUCAGAAUGGCGUUAAUCCUGUUUACGAGAUCGCGGUCUCCAUUGAUCAAAACAUCCAGGUCGUUAAACAAGGAUUUUCGAAAAGGAAAACUGCAGGAUGGUGUCUGUUCAAACUGCAUUGCCCUCAGACUGUCAAGCCAAAGGCCUGACGAGGUCCGAGGAUGCAGUUCUGUCUCGGUGCUGUCCAUCAGUCCGUCCGCGCACGCCCCCGACAGGCAGGGCUGCACGCGCUGGGCCUCGGGGUCUCACGCGCUGUACUGCGGCAUGGCGGCUCUGCCCCCCGGGUUUCGGGGCGGGGCGGCAGCCGUGCCCGUCCGGUGGUGGCACUGCUCCAGCAGCCUCCGGGACGAUUCCAAGGCCGAAAAGUCCCUCCUGUCGCUGAAGGAGAAGAACAAGAAGCUGGAGGAGGGCGGGCCGGUGUACAGCCCCACGGUCGACCGCACGCUCGUACGGCGGACCAUCAGCCAGCGAGUCGCCGACGAGAUCCGCCAUUACUACCACGGCUUCCGCUUGCUGUGGAUCGACACCACCAUCGCCGGACGCAUGCUGUGGACGAUCCUCAACGGCCACGCCCUCUCCCGCCGCGAGCGGAGACAGUUCCUGAGGACGUGCGCGGAUGUGUUCCGCCUGCUGCCCUUCCUGGUCUUCAUCAUCGUGCCGUUCAUGGAGUUCCUGCUUCCUGUGGCGCUCAAGCUCUUCCCGAAUAUGCUGCCCUCCACUUUCGAGACUCAGUCCAAAAAGGAGGAGCGGUUGAAAAAGGAGCUGAGGGUGAAGUUGGAGAUGGCAAAGUUCUUGCAGGACACGGUGGAGGAGAUCGCCCUGCGCAACAAAGCCGCCAAGGGCAAUGUGACCGAGGAGUUCUCCACCUUCUUCCAGAAGAUUCGAGACUCCGGCGAGCGGCCCAGUAAUGAGCAGAUCAUCCGCUUCUCCAAGCUGUUUGAGGACGAGCUGACGCUGGACAACCUGACGCGGCCGCAGCUGGUGGCGCUCUGCAAGCUGCUGGAGCUGCAGUCCAUCGGCACCAACAACUUCCUGCGCUUCCAGCUCAUCAUGAAACUGAGAGCCAUCCGUGCCGACGACAAGCUGAUUGCAGAGGAAGGUGUGGACACUCUGAAUGUAACGGAAGUGCAGGCAGCGUGUCGGGUUCGUGGUAUGCGUUCACUGGGUGUGACGGAGGACAGACUGCGGGAGCAGCUUAAACAGUGGCUGGAGCUGCACCUGAACCAGCACAUCCCCACCUCCCUCCUGCUCCUCUCACGUGCCAUGUUCCUCCCUGACACCCUGUCCCCUGCUGACCAGCUCAAAACCACCCUGCAGACUCUGCCCGAGAUUGUGGCGAAGGAGGCGCAGGUGAAGGUGGCGGAGCUGGAGCUCUCUGCAGUGGAUCAUAAGACGAAGGUGGAGACCACGCUGCAGGAGGAGGCGGGCAUUAAGCAGGAGAACCGCGAGCGGGAGCUGGAGAGGCUGGCCGACGCCGCCGAGAAGGAGGCGCUGCAGACGGGCGUGCAGGGGGUGGAGUCUGUUGAGCAGAAGGUCGCAGUGGUCGGUGGGAAGAGGAGCCAGGUUGCCAUGGAGACGGAACAGGAGCUGGUCAAUGUGGAUCUGACCAUCGACUCGGAGACACUGAGAGACACCGCCCCUGUGUUAGAGGGCAUCAAGGAGGAGGAGAUCACGAAGGAGGAGAUUGACCUGCUGAGUGACGCCUGCUCCAAGCUGAAGGAGCAGAAGAAGCUGCUCACUCUGGAGAAGGAGGAGCUGGAGGACCUGAAGGACGACGUAAACGAGUACAACGAGGAUGUUGAGGAGAUAAAGAAGGAGCUGUCUAAGACGGGGCAGGAGAAGGCCGUGCAGGAGUCCAAGGCCAGCAAGCGCCUCUCCAAGAGAGUCAACCGCAUGAUCGGACGCAUCGACAACAUCAUCUCCGAGCUCGAGAGGGACAAGACCACGCUGGACGGACAGAUGGACAGCGGAGCCACUCCCCCUAUCGGAUUAUUCUCUGGCAAAUUAAGCAUGUCCUUCACCUUUAGGGAGAACCUGAUCAGCAUUUCCGAGCUCAUCGCCGUCAUGCGCCAGAUCCAGAACAUUCCAGAGCACAAGCUGCUGGCCAUCGCUGAUGCACUUGAUGACAACAAGGAUGGCAAGAUCGACAUCGAUGAAGUCAUCAAGGUGAUCGAGCUAAUCGAUAAGGAGGACAUCGACAUCUCCACGGCCCAGGUGGCGGAGAUCAUGGUGAUGCUGCAGAAGGAGGAGAAGCUAGUGGAGAAGGAGAGGGCCAAGGAGAAGGCAGAGAAAGAGCAGGCCCUGAAGAACUGAGCCCCACCCACGCCACGGGCCAGACGAACUGCUACCGGCUACUCUUUCUGGAGGCUUCCGGCUUCUGACAGGGGGCUUGGAAAACAAAGCGGACACUUCCGCAGGGCGAGUCUUUCCUGCAGUUCUCCCUGUUAGUUUUACCCUGUAAUCAAUAUGGCGUGUGUGUGUACGUACAUGCGCACGUGCGCACAAGUAUAAUCUGUAUACAUGAGCAAAUUAUGAACAAUUUGGUCUGCUGACCAGAUAUUAUUAUUAUUAUUAUUAUUAUUAUUAUUAUUAUUAUUAGGCUGUACAUAAACCAUGAAUCUGGUUAGGUGUUCUACUUGUUGCCUAACUGAGGGGAAAAAUUUUUGAAAGGAGUGUUAAUGAAAUUGAAACUAAUGUUUGAACUCAUGAAAUAUGCCUUUCGUUCAUUAACUUGAUCUUGGAGAAAAGCAAUCGCAGCAUUUCUCCACCUUGCACGCUAGAUCCAUGACCGUCAUUCAUUCCAGAAGUGCAGAACUUCAGUAUUUAUUUAAUUUAGUUUUAGAUUUUGCUGCCAUAUUGAUAAACCAUGUGAUUAUCAUUUUGAUUUGUGAUCAUACUGAAUGUAGUUUUGAGAUGCAGCAAUCAAAAGUUGUUGUGGCGUUUUAUAAUCAAACAGGCUAUUAUCAAAUGAAACGGUACCCAUUGUUUGUCAGGGGAAAAAGUGAAUGGGAUAAAAAAAAAAAAGAUUAUUGAAAGCUUAUAGAAAUGGGACUGAACUUUUAAAAUAUAUUUUGGUAAGGCACUGCUGUCAUUGAUGUGACAUACCAAAGGACAAAGUUAGUGUUUAUUUUUAAAAAUAUGAAAAACCUAGCUGCCUGGUGGUUGAAAUUGAGAGCUUGAGCACUUUUGUGUGUUUGAUUAUGACAAAUUUGUGUGACGAGGCCUUGAGCAAAACGAGGGAGUACUAAGCACCUUUUUUGGAGAACUGUAUUUUUCGUACCCUGAAAUGACCAUUCAAAAAAGAAUUCCCCUUUAAACAAUCACUUGAAUACUUGAAGUACUACACAGGAUUUCCAUUAAAGAUUGUAAGAGUAUUCUUACAAAUUUACUUAAACCAGGGAAACCUAAGAGCUACUUUUAGGACUGCUAAGAAAUGUUUUAGGAAGUAGGCAAGAUGAACCAUGAAAUUGAAAGUGAAAUUGAAAGAGGGCUGUAUUCAUAUUUUUUUAAUUUCCUAAUAAUUCAUAUUCCUUUUUAAUACUUUUCAUAAGUGUUCUUGCAUAUUCUGUAAAUGUAUAUGCAAAUUAAUUUUCUACAGCCUUGCAGCAUCAAAAUUCCUGAUGGCUGUUAAAAUUGCUCCAAAAUGGUGCAUUUGCUGUUGUCCCCAUUAAUUUGGCCACUUGACUGAAAUCCACACUGAAGGGAAAUCAUUUUCAUAGUUUAAUAGUUACAAUACAUGGACAAUAUAGGGCUAUUCCAGAAAUAUUUUCCCCUUUAUCGAUCAUAAAAAGGUAUUGAAAUCCCUUGGGAAAAAAUAACCUGUUGAAAGAUCAUUCUGCCUUGACUCAAUACUACAAAAACAAGUGGCGGUUUUGUCAUUUUACACAAUGAAAAUCUGUUUAAAGUAUGUGUGCAAGCAGUGUACAUUUACAGUGUAAAUUCCCAGUGUUUCCUUAAUGCAAGGAAGAUUCUUAAAAGUAUUUUUUAUUUUAAUUUUUUUCCCAAAUGUUUCUUUCAACGGAUAGGAUAUUAUGAACAUGGCCUCGGUUCACCUCUUUGGUAAAAUAAGAAUGUCCUCUCCAUUGAACCUGGAUGGUAUGGAAAGCAGCGUUGGGCAGUUAUGUCUUAUCUAACUGCCACUUGCUUAAACGAUACUUGACAAGAGAACCAGAGAUAGCCUGCUAACCACUAGCUUGCAUGCUUCUAUGCCUGAGUACCUGUAGAGAUUUGCUUUGUCGUUAGGCCCUAAUGUUGUUGCUGUAAUCGCUGGUUCACAGCCACUCAAUAGAUUAAUUUGUCGGUAAGAAUUUACCUAUGUGUAAUUGCACUGUGAGCUCACGUUCAGAUGGGCUAAGGCCUGUAUUUGGGCUUGAGGGAAUGAACGCAGUGGGGCAGAACGGGCCUUAAAACUGGACUCUAGUAUUUAAUGCAAUAGACGGGGAGGGAGAUAUGCCUUGAGCAGUUCCAAUUCUCAAGGUGGAUCUUGUUUGUAAUGCAUUUAUUGUUAUUAUUACCCCCCCCCCCCCCCCCCCCCCCCCCAUCCCAUUUUAAUAAGAUGUAGUUUUUCUUAUUUAAGAAGUGUGGGUAGCACUGUGAUUUGUUGCGUUAAUUUACUGGAAGGAGCCUCUUUGGUACAGUACUUGAGUUCACAGGGAGCCAGACUUCUGUAUGUGGUUUUGUUCAUGCGAUCGUUUUCCCUUUCCUGCGGUUUUGUAUGGGGAAAUACAGGCAGCUUGUGUGAACUCAGCUACACAGUCUAGUCUGGCAUGAAAUUCUAGUAAGACUGAUUGUUGCAGUGAGACCAUGUCUUGAUUUUAAUAAUGUAAAAAAAUAAAAUAAAAUAAACGUCCAUCUUGUUUAUUCCGAAAGUUGUUAAAAUUAUAUAUUCCUUUUGACUGAUCUUAACUUCAGCUUCUGUCACAGCAUGCUUUUUCUAGAUUAUUAUUUUAAAAAAUGUAUUUAAAAAAUCUUUAAAAACGCACAACUAGCUUUUCUUCUGAAAGUUGUAAUAUGGAAAGGCGCAGUCAGGUCGUGUAGAUUGGGAGGGGUGUGGCACACAAACGGUGUCGGGAACGCAACGCGGGAAAUGUAGAACAUGGCAGAGAAAGGCACAGAAGAUCAACAUUCAGUGUCAUGUAGCCUAUUUAUUGUAACUGGCAAAGAAUGGAGUGGAAAAAACACUGGUUUAGAGGCUUUGAUCUCAUGGUUAGGAGGCUUUUCCCUGUUUAUUUUAAAACACAAGUCUGAACAUAAAACUUGAAGUCUUGUUUCGUUGGUGUGAUUCAUAACUAUCACCUUCGGCAACUCUCAGCAUUCAGGUUCAGUCAAUAAAGAUUUGUUUGAUCAUUUAA